GAUCAUCGAAUCCUACGUCAAGCCCUGGCUCGCGUCGCCAGGGUGUCACCAACCCUUUACAUAAGCUUUAUGCACCUUGUCACCACUUGUCAUUGUAACAAGGCGUGGAUCUCAAAAGGUUCCGGAGGCUUUUUGUCGAUCAGGAAUUCAAUUUUCUAUUACAAAAGAGAAAAAAAGGGAACAGGACGACUCCCGGUGCUGACCGUGGGUAGCCACCCCUCCUUCUUUUCCCUUGCCUCUUUAACUGUGUCUGUGGCCGCUUAUCAUUGUUGAUAUUGGUAUUAUUUGUCCAUCGGUGCAUCGCCCGGGGUACUUUGGAGAAGCCGAAAAUAUUGUGUCUGUCCUGUCUAUAACUGAUCCAACAUUUGCACGGACUAGUUUUGUCCGGAAGAGGCACAUACGGGAAAGCAAUGAUAGAAAGGAACCACCUCGAGGCAGACGCCAUGCCUCCCGUCAAGCAGCCGUGGAUCGAGACGCCGCUGCUCGAAUCUACAAUCCUGUCCAAAAUCGCCGGCUGUCGCAUCUUCCUCAAACUCGAAAACCUCCAGCCCUCGUCGUCGUUCAAGUCCCGGGGCAUCGGCAACUUGAUGCUGAAAAGCAUCCGGGAACAAUCAGAGUCCGCCGCCGACGACAGGCCGCUGCACUUCUACUCUUCGUCGGGAGGCAACGCGGGGCUGGCGUGUGUCACGGCCGCGACGUCUCUGGGCUACGCGUCCUCGGUCGUGGUGCCCACCAGCACGGAUGAAGCCACGAUUGCAAAGCUACUCGCCGCGGGGGCGAGCGAGGUGAUUUCGCACGGCGACAGCUGGUUCUUCGCCGACCAACAUCUGCGGGAAGUCGUCAUCCCCGCGGCGGAAGCAAAGGGGGAGAAGGGGAUCUACAUCCACCCCUUUGACCAUCCCUACAUCUGGGAAGGCGCGGGGACCAUGGUCGAGGAGAUCAAGAAGCAGAUGCCCGAGGGGGAGAAACCGGACGGCAUCGUCUGCUCCGUGGGCGGCGGCGGCUUGUUCUCGGGCAUCAUGCACGGCCUCGACCGCGUCGGCUGGGCCGACCAGGUCCAGGUCCUGCCGGUGGAGACAUUGGGCGCGGACUCGCUGGCGCAGUCGCUGCAGAAGAAGGAACUCGUCACGCUUCCCGGCAUCACCUCCGUCGCGACCUCGCUGGGCGCCAUCCGCGUGGCCGAGAAUGCCUUCCGCCAGGCCCAACGACCCGCCGUCACGUCCGUGGUGCUCGACGACGCCGAAGCCUGCGCCGCCUGCUGGCGCUUCCUGGACGACGAGAGGAUCCUCGUGGAGCCGGCCUGCGGCGCCAGCGUUGCCCUGGCAUACGACGGGCGGUUGAAGCGGGUGCUCAAGGGGUUCGGACCUGAUUCCAAAGUCGUGAUUGUUGUUUGUGGCGGGUCCAAGAUCUCGUUCGACCUGUUGAACACGUACCGGGACAGGUACCAGCAGCGGAGUGAGGAGCUGGCAAGGAAGUAUGAGCAAGAGAACUGAGAUGGCCGGAUGCACCCUCCUGGAGAUGAGGCAGCAUUAUUUUCCCCGACAGUGCUGGAUGAACACCAAAGAUAAAACAGGUUGACGAGCUUUCGAAUCAAAUAAAGGAGGAGAAAUUAAAGGACAGGAAUAAAAUACAAUCAACAAAUGAAGUAACGAAC